CAUCAUCAUCCAUCUUCAUACUUCUCUUCAUCUACACUAACUCCCGCCACUCUCCCAUAUCCUAUGCCUACUUUCUUACUUCUGGACGAGAAAUAGAUAGGAUCUUCCGACAUGCGUCCUACCUCAUGGUCUCUCGGUCUCCGAGUCAAAUCAUCAAGUACAACAUCCAUAGUGAAAACAAGAAAAUAUUCUCAUACUGAACAUGCUAUACCACCUACUUCACCACAAUUACCAUCUCGUCGAAGACCCGCUUUCAGUCCAGGAGGAUUUGGAAUGAGUCAUCAUCCUUCUCCUAGUACAAGAUCUUCUCUUCCACCUCUUACGGCAUUGAACAGCUCUACUAGCAGUCUUGAAAAAGGGAAGGGAAGAGCUGAAGGGGAGAUAAGUGAAGGAGUGGAAAGUGGAAAAGAAGAGGCCGAGGCUUGUUACAUCCCCCCUCCCACAACCCUUCACUGGCAUUCUCCCCAUCCUCUCCCCCUUCUUUACUCUCCCCAGCCCUUGCCUCCCUAUAGUAUCGCGUACGAAACCUGGGGUCAUCUCAACCCCACACGAACCAAUGCCAUUCUUCUCCAUACAGGUCUCUCAGCUUCUUCUCACGUCGCUUCAGGUGGAACAGGCGUUUCUUCAUCCACAUCAUCUAAACCAGGAUGGUGGGAAGAUUUCGUCGGACCUGGGAAAUCUAUAGACACGGAUAAAUUCUUUGUCAUAUGUACCAACGCUCUAGGAGGUUGUUUCGGAUCUACAGGACCUUCUUCUCCUUAUCCACUAGGAGAGGGAAAUGUAAGAUGGGCUACUAGAUUCCCAUUGUUGAGUAUACAUGAUAUGUGUCGUGCUCAAUUAGGACUGUUGGAUCAUCUAGGGAUUAAGAAACUGUAUGCCAGUGUGGGGAGUAGUAUGGGUGGAAUGCAGAGUUUGAGUAUGGCGUAUUUGGCUCCGGAAAGAGUGGGGAGGGUGGCUAGUAUAUCCGCAAGUGGGAGGAGUGGAUUAGGAGGGGUAGGUAUGAGAUAUGCUCAGCGGAGUGUCCUCAUGGCCGAUCCCAACUGGAACCGCGGCUUUUACUACGACGGCGUCCCUCCCCACAACGGCAUGAAACUAGCUCGUCAAAUUGCGACUAUCACGUAUCGCUCUGGACCUGAAUGGGAGCAACGGUUCGGACGGAGGAUGUUGAGUGAAAAUGAAUUAGACGAAAAUGGGGAUGUGGGAGUACCGAAGCUGUCCCCUGAUUUCUUGAUCGAGACGUAUCUCGACCACCAGGGCGAACGUUUUUGUCUCACAUACGACGCAAACUCCAUGAUCUAUCUCUCCAAAGCUAUGGACCUAUUCGAUCUUACCGCUCCCGCCCUCACUUCCCUCUCUCGGAAAUUCAACAAAGCAUAUCCUCAUCUCUCUCCCUUUCCCUCUCCCUCAGAUCCACUUUCCAUAUCCGCCUCGCUCCCCCGUCUUGCUCCAGAAGACUGGCCAGAACCUACACCACCGUUGGAAAAGAACGAGAGAUUCAUACCCACUUCAAAAUCACCCCAUCUCUCACAGCUCGCAGCCGGAUUAAGAAGAUUACGAGAUAUACCCGUCUUGGUACUUGGUGUGCAGAGUGAUGUCUUGUUUCCCGUCGAACAACAACGGGAAUUGGCGGAUGCUUUGAAGUUGGCGGGGAAUAGGGAGGUUACGUAUUACGAAUUAGGGGGAGUUUGGGGACAUGAUACUUUCUUGUUGGAUGUGCAGAAUGUUGGAGGUGCUAUCAGGGGAUUUCUACAUGAUUAGGGGGGCACUCAGUAUACAUACAAGCUGUGAGUGGUAUGAGACAAGAGCUCGGAAAUGUGCAAACCUCAACAAUCAUGCAUCUUCAUUCUCCUACC